UCUAGGUAAAACAUGGCGUCGUCCUCGUCGUUAGGACGUGUUUUGACUCUGUGCAAACAGUUACAGAGCGUCUUCAGGAUAUCUCCAGCGAUAAGCGCUCAACACUGCGCUGUAAAUCUGAAAAGAUGCCAGAACAAUCUUCUAAGUGAAAAAUCCUCCCAGUUUGCCUCUUCUUGGAUCACUCCCAUCAGCCUUGUGGGUCAGCAUCGAGCUUUGCACACGACCAUCAGCAGGAGAGGGUUGGAAGAGUUCUUUGAUCAGCCUGAGAACUGGGGAGAGCCCCAUGUGAAGUCUGGAGCUCCAUGGACAGCAAAACAGCUGAGAACAAAGAGCAACGAGGACUUACACAAACUCUGGUAUGUGUUGCUGAAGGAAAGAAACAUGCUGCUGACGCUUGAGCAGGAAGCAAAAAGACAAAGGCUUCCGAUGCCGAGUCCUGAACGGAUGAAGAAGAUUGAACGGUCAAUGGUCAGGCUGGAAACGGUGGUGACAGAACGGGAGACCGCACUGCGCCUGCUGCAGACGGGACAGGAGAAAGGCCGGCCAGGAGACUGGAGGAGGAACGUGUUCGGAUAUGAAUACUGGUAUCGCUUCCAAGAAUACGCAAUUCCCUGGUACAUAAAUGAAAGAUACAAGCGCAAGAGGUUCUACACUCCCUAUUUUGUCCAACCUCAUAUAAGGUUGCGCAUUGAGAGAUUCCUUCGAGAAAGGGCCAGGAAAGCCAGCUUAAAGAGGAAAUCUUUGGCUAAAUUAAAAGAGAGAUUUCCCCAGAUGAAGCUUCCAUCUUCCUGAAUCUUUGAUUUUGAGUUUGCUACAACUCAGCUGCCUGAAUCAGCUCAUGCAAUCUACUGAAGUUUGAGCAAAUUCGUAUCCAGCUGUUAUUUGGUUUUACAAGAUGAAACUAUGUUUUCUCGAUUGGAAAUGUGUUCUGUUUUGUUACUGUCUAAUAAACCAUCCUGCCUAA